CAGAAUGACCCUCUGCGUUUGCCGUAGUCUUGCACCUACUGGCGCUCCUUUGUGUACGAAUUGGUGUAAAAUAUUCCCACAUCUUCAGCUUUUUGCGUUAAUGUUGUGUUUAAAAUGGCUAAUGACCGAUUAAGAGUACUUGAAGACGUGGAAAAGGAGAUCGCGUUAGUUCUGCAGAGCGCUGGAACUAUUGUGCUGGAGCUUUCUAAAGAAAAAGCGAAUGCAAAUUUGUUAGACCGACAGCUGAAUCAGUUCCAGACCUCCAUCAAUAGAGUGGAGAAUGAACUCAGUGCACAGAUCAGAUAUCUGACACAGGUGGCAACAGGUCAGCCUCACGAAGGAUCGACAUACUCAGCCAGAAAGGACUGCCAGAUGGCCUUAAACCGAGCAGAAUACGCCCGUGUUAAACUGGGAGAACUGGCACGGACCUGUGAAAUGAUGCUUGAUCCACAGACAUAAAGGCAACCAUUUUAUGGACUAUGGUUUUGUAAAAUCUGACUGUAAUCCUGAUGGUAAAGGCCAAACUACAUAUCAAGAGUUUGAAUACUGCCUCCAACGCUGUCAACAACGUUUCCAUGUUGUAUGGAAAAACUCAGAUAACCAACCAAGUGUUUAGCUUUAAACAUUGGCUGUGAAAUUUUCUGAAAGCCUUUGUUGUGUU